AUGCAUGGGAUUGAGAAGAUCAAAGCUGCAAGAGAAAUUCUGAAGUUUAACAUAGAGAAAUCAAGAGAAUUAGGAGUAGAAAUUGGUGAUAGUGGCUGCAGAUUGGAGAGUUGUGGGCAGAGGCUGAAUUUCUUAGCAGAUGCCCUUAGAACUAUAGCAUGUAAAUGUACAUUAUACAAGAUGAUUGGUCGUGAUAUUGAUCGCGCUAUUGGUCCUGCUGCAUCUGUUGUUAAGAUAUUUGAUGUCAUUUGUGGACUUGAAAAAACUCUUUCCACUGGCCCUUCUGAUGAUAUCUCAGCUUAUCUCACUACACUCAAAUGGAUGGAAGAAGCACUCGGCCUUCUCACCGAUAACUGCAAAUUAGUCAUUUCUUGGCUUGAAAACAGCAACUGCAAUUCUUCAUCAGUUGCUGAAAGUUGGUAUGUUAUGAAUGUGAACAAGUGUUUGAAUAUACUUAGGCAACUCCAGGCUACAGAGGAACGUUCUCGUGCCAAAGGUGGAGCAUUGAUGGUCGCACUAGACAAGCUGGAAAGUGAAUUGGCAUCCUCGUUAACGGAUAUAGCCCCACUCUCUUUGCCUUUACCUAAUAUCAUUCAAAAUGUGCAAGCCAUUAUUGAUAGAUUGGACGCGAACCAUAGAUUUGACAAAUGUAUGUCUAUUUAUAUUGAGGUUCGGAGUUCAAAUGUGAGAAAAACUUUAGAAGAGCUGGAUUUGGACUAUCUGGAGGAGAUAUCAUUGACAGAGUUUGACAGUGUUUUGAGUGUGGAGUCUCACAUUGACCAAUGGCGCGAGCACUUGGAAUUCGCAGUGAAGGAUUUGUUAGACAUAGAACACAGGCUUUGCAAUGAAAUAUUCCAGAAAUCGGCAUCUAAAGAUAGUAGCUGUACGGACUGCUUCGCGAAAAUUGCAGUCCAAUCUGGGAUUCAUUCUUUCAUCAAAUUUGGCAACACAAUUACCAGAGGGAAGAAAGAAGCAGUUAAGCUGUUGAAGUUAUUGGACAUGUUUGCUGCUCUAAACAAAGUACGCUCCGAUUUCAACAGACUUUUCAGUGGAAAAGCGUGUGGUGAAAUCCAGAGCCAAACAAGGGAUCUGAUCAAGAAAGUUGUGAAUGGUGCUUGUGAAAUUUUCUGGCAACUUUCUCUCCAAGUGGAACUGCAGAGGACAAUUAGUCCUCCGGCGAAUGGUAGUGUUCCGAGGCUGGUUAACUUUGUCACGGAGUAUUGUAAUCAGCUUCUUGAGGAUGAAUAUUGGUCCACACUUAUCCAAGUUGUGGAGAUACAUCAAAGUUGGAACCACGAGAGCUUGGAUAAGAGGCUUCUUCUAAAUGAGAUGCGAAAAAUAAUAAUGGUAAUUGAGCUCAAUAUAGAGAGUUGGGAAAAGACAUACGAAGACGAUUCUCUCUCCAAUCUCUUCUUGAUGAAUAACCAUUGGUACUUGUGCAAGUACACGAAAGGAACAAAACUUGGCGAGCUAAUGGGACACGAAUGGAUUAGAGGUCACGAGGAAAACAUGGAGUAUUACGAGACACUAUAUUUGAAAGAGAGCUGGGGAAAACUCCCGGACCUUGUGAGCGAGGAAGGUCUAGUGUUGUUCCCUGGAGGGAGAGCCAUUGAUCGACAAGUGGUUAAGAAGAGAUUCAAGGAAUUCACUAAGGCUUUCGACGAAAUUUACAAGAGGCAUUCCCAUUGGGAAUUGUGUGAUAAGGGGUUAAGAUGGCGAGUACGCCAACUCGUUUUGCAGGUUGUUGUCCCUUCUUACAGUAGCUACUUGGCAAAAUACAUGCCCUCUAUGGAACUUGAAGUUGCUAGUACUGGUGAUCAGCACAUAAAAUACACAGCUGAGACCUUGGGAAAUAUGAUCAGUAGUCUAUUUGAACCAAAAGUUGGAAAGUAUGGCAAUACUACAAAAUGCACAGAAUUGAAUGGCAAGAUUAAUAAUAGCAUUGUUGCUAAUCACCUUUCUUCCACACCAGCAGCAGCAUGA